AUGGCCGGCACAUUUCUGUACUGGCUAUUGCUCACCUAUUCGACUAUUAUCGAUCGACCGGUUAGUAGUACUCCUGAUGAUCCGAAGUUAACAUUCGAGCAACUCUAUCAGUAUGGAAAAUGGGAGUAUACGGAUAAGAAUUGGCCAGAUUGUGUGGCAUUUAUGAGACGAGCGAUUGAUGAUUUUCAGUAA